AUGGGCGCCCUCCUUGAUCAGAAAGUUGACUGCCCACCUUCUCCAGCAUGCGCCAAAUGCACUGAAACUGCAACUGUAGAAACAGCUCGCUAUGUGGCGGAGAGUGGCAAAGCUGCCACAGAUCAUUACGGACGCCCGCUGGUGCAAUUUGACCUAGCUGCCGAAGCCAGACUUCGUUGGAAAAUCGAUUUGUUUGUCGUCCCUACUGUGGCUCUUCUCUACCUUUUUUGCUUCAUUGACCGCGCAAAUAUAGGCAACGCGAAGCUCGCAGGCCUGGAGAGAGAUCUUAACCUGAAACACUAUGACUAUAAUACGGUUCUCUCGAUCUUUUAUAUCUCUUACAUCAUUUUUGAGAUCCCGUCCAACAUGGCCUGCAAAUGGAUAGGCCCCGGAUGGUACUUACCAGCUAUCUCGCUAGCUUUCGGAAUUACUUCCAUAGCUACCGCUUUUGUGCAUAAUAUUCACGAAAUCUGUGGUGUUCGUUUUGUCCUUGGAGUUUUCGAGGCAGGUAUGCUACCGGGAAUUGCAUACUACAUGUCUAGGUGGUACAGGAAAAGCGAAUUGACCUUCCGCCUGUCUCUUUACAUCGUAAUGGCUCCACUCGCCGGCGCCUUUGGUGGACUUCUUGCCUCUGCGAUUUUGAAAUUGUCAAACGUCGGUAGUCUUCAUGAAUGGAGGAUGAUAUUUGCGAUUGAGGGGAUCAUCACCUGCGGCCUCGCUAUCAUUGGCUUCUUUACUUUGACUGACUGUCCAGCUACCGCUCUUUGGCUGACCCAGGAAGAGAAGGACCUUGCCAUUGCUCGUAUUAAAUCAGAGCGAGUCGGAGUCACUGAGGUCCUGGACAAGCUGGACACCCGCAAGACCCUCCGUGGAAUUUUCGGCCCUGUCACCCUGGUUACCGCAUUCAUAUUCCUGCUGAACAACAUCACUGUCCAGGGGCUUGCAUUCUUUGCCCCGACAAUCGUCAAAACAAUUUAUCCUGACCGCAGUGUCAUUUCUCAGCAACUCCAUACCGUUCCUCCUUACCUCGUUGGGAGCUUCUUUACUGUACUUUUCCCUUUCCUCAGCUGGAAAUUCAAUCGCUGCUUGCUAUUCUUUAUCCUUGGCGCUCCGUUUGUGAUGGUCGGGUACAUAAUGUUUCUUGCCAGUGACGACCCUGAAGUCAGAUAUGGUGCGACCUUCAUCAUUGCCAGUGGUGCCUUUUCACUUGGGGCUCUUUCCAGCGCCAACGGUGCCGCAAACGUCGUUUCAGACACGGCUAGGUCCUCUACAAGUCGGUACAAACGUGAUGUUUGGUAA